AGGUGCUUUCCCUCUCUGCGAACCACAGCCAUAAACACCACCAAUUCCUCUCAUUUCCUCUCUUUCUCUCUCAGAAAUGGCUGCUAAUUUUCCAAGUACACCAAAUUUCAUAGUCCUUUUUUUAAUAUAUAUAAGCCGUUUGAUGCCCACCGUUGGAAAUCCAAACCCAUGGACGAAUUUGCUGCCAGCCAAACUUCAAACCCUCCAGAUCGCAAAUAGGCUCCGUGAUGACCCUGAUGCCAUUAGAUUAGCCUCUAGUGACUAUGGCAAUAUUGUUCGAGAGAUCCCAGCUGCCGUUCUUUAUCCAUCUUCCUUGAAUGAUAUUGCAAGCUUAAUAAAGUUUGCGCACAGUAGUUCUUCUCCUUUUAAUAUAGCUGCCAGAGGCCAGGGCCAUUCUGUUCGAGGACAGGCAAUGGCUCGCAAUGGGAUUGUCGUGGAUAUGACAUCCUUGAGAAACCACAGAAAUGGUUACGGAAUCACUGUCUCCUGGAGCCCUUCAAUGGGUUUUUAUGCUGAUGUUGGGGGCGAGCAGCUUUGGGUAGAUGUCUUGCAUUCCACGCUUGAACAUGGACUUGCACCCGUCUCUUGGACCGACUAUCUGUAUGUGACGGUCGGGGGGACGCUCUCUAAUGCCGGGAUUGGUGGGCAAACCUUCCGUUACGGUCCUCAGAUCAGCAAUGUGUACGAAAUGGAUGUUAUCACCGGGAAAGGAGAUUUUGUAACUUGCUCCCCAGAUAAAAAUACGAAGCUUUUUUAUGCGGUUCUUGGAGGUUUGGGCCAAUUUGGGAUUAUUGGCAGAGCGAGAAUUGCACUAGAGCCAGCACCAAAGAGGGUCAAGUGGGUUCGAAUGCUUUAUAAUGACUUCUCUGCAUUUGCUAGAGACCAAGAGCGGUUGGUUUCAAUCAACGGAAGGAAGCAAAAAAAUGCACUCGAUUACUUGGAAGGUUUGCUUCUCAUGGACCAGGGUCCUCCGGAUAAUUGGAGAUCAUCCUUUUUUCCAUUAUCCGAUCACUCCAGAAUUAUUUCCCUUGUAACCAAAUAUGGAAUCAUCUACUGUCUAGAAGUAGCCAAAUUUUAUGAUGAUCGCAGUAUUAAUUAUGUGGACAAGGAACUCCAAAUUUUGUUUGAAGGCUUGAGCUUUAUCCCGGGAUAUUCAUUUGAAAAAGAUAUCUCAUAUGUAGAUUUUCUUAAUAGAGUUCGAAGUGGAGAGCUAAAGCUUCAGUCACAAGGACUGUGGGAUAUUCCUCAUCCAUUUUUGAACCUCUUUGUACCAAAAUCUCAAAUCUCAGAUUUCAAUUCCGGUGUUUUCAAGGAUAUUGUAUUUAACGGGAACAUUACGACAGGACCUGUCCUUGUUUACCCCAUGAACCGCAACAAGUGGGACGAUAGGAUGUCUGCGGUUAUACCUGAUGAAGAUGUUUUCUACACCAUAGGGUUUUUGCAUUCAAGUGGGUUUGAUGACUGGGAAGCCCUUGAUGCACAAAACAAAGAGAUACUGUUGUUUUGUAAUAAUGCUGGUAUUGAGGUUAAGCAAUAUCUUCCCAAGUAUUACAAGACAAAGGAAGAAUGGAAAAACCAUUUUGGCAAGAAAUGGAGAACUUUUCAAGAGAGAAAAUCCCAGUUUGAUCCGAAAAUGAUACUAUCGCCGGGACAGAGAGUUUUCAAUAACAAUUAACAUAUCAAAUAUUACUAGUGAUUGGAGUUUAGCAUUAAUUAGAAGGGACAAUAGGGGUACUUAUCCUUUUUCUUUUGUAGUAUUUUGUAUUUAUAUUUUGUUGAGGGUUUUUGUAUCAUUGUUGAUAAGUAGUUUUCAGAAGUUUAAUUUAGGAGAUAUAAUAUAUCUUUUUGUAAGGGUCCAUAUUUAUAUAUAUUAAUGGGCUAUUUGU